UUGGAGAGCGGUAGCACGACGCAUGCGUCAAGCCUAGACUCCGGCGAAGGAAAUGAGCCCAAAAUAACCUCAGCAAAUUCUCCUUCACUCCUCAGUAUAUUGUAGUAGUCUACUAGUACUACUAGACCACGAUAAUAAGUAUCUGGACGGAGUUAACCUAAGAGACUGUUUCUCUCUAGCUGGAGAGACUGUCAGACUGGCGACUAUGUUGAUAGCGGUGGGUGGCGACCCGAGCAGCCGGCCGAGCGCCGGUGGCCAGGGGAAGAAAAACCGAAGAAAGGGCAAGAAGAACCGGCGGGCCCCCGGGGAGCCAGCCGGGGCGGACGGGGUGGACGGCAGGUGUCGGAUGGCCUCUACUGAUGAGCUCAGUCAGAUCCUCAGAGACGCGUCCCCCAGCUCGUACACACUGCCGGCCCUCCUGAGCUCGACUCUGGACACACCUGCCUGUCCACCUGGUCCUCCUACCCGCCACGACACCACAGGCCCGGGUAUUACCCAGGAUCCCCCCCCGCAAAGACCUCCAUCCUCCCACCAAAGACUAAUUCAAUCACCUCCAUAUAAUACUCCUUCCGACCAGAAUCACCUCCGCCCGGACCCACCUCCACCUCCAGGCCCUCCUCCGUCCUCAGGCCCUCCUCCACCUCCAGGCCCUCCUCCAUCGUCAGGCCCUCCUCCAUCCCCAGGCCCUCCUCCAUCCCUAGGCCCUCCUCCAUCGUCAGGCCCUCCUCCAUCCCCAGGCCCUCCUCCGUCCUCAGGCCCUCCUCCAUCCCCAGGCCCUCCUCCAUCCCUCUGGCCUCCUCCACCCCCAGGCCCUCCUCCAUCCCUAGACCCUCCUCCAUCCCUAGACCCUCCUCCGUCCUCAGGCCCUCCUCCACCCCCAGGCCCUCCUCCAUCCCCAGGCCCUCCUCCGUCCUCAGGCCCUCCUCCAUCCCUAGGCCCUCCUCCAUCCCUCUGGCCUCCUCCACCCCCAGGCCCUCCUCCACCCCCAGGCCCUCCUCCAUCGUCCUUCGUUCCUCCUUCCCCUGCGUCUCUGGCCACUGCCUCUGCGACGCUUACUAGCCAACCAGCCACCCUGUCAUCAUCUAACUGCAAUCAGACCACGCCCAAUCAGACUCUGAGCCCGCCUCCUCCGGAUUUUAACCUGCCACCUCCUGGUUUGACUCCGCCUCCACUUGAGCUGCUGGGGUCUGACGACGAAGAGCAAGAGGACUCUUCUGACUACUGUAAAGGGGGCUACUACCCGGUGCAGAUCGGGGAUCUGUUCAACGCUCGCUACCACGUGGUCCGGAAGCUGGGCUGGGGACACUUCUCCACCGUCUGGCUCUGCUGGGACCUACAAAAGAAGAGGUUUGUUGCACUAAAAGUUGUCAAAAGUGCGCUGCACUACACAGAGACGGCACUGGAUGAGAUUAAACUACUUCGAUGUGUGAGGGACAGCGACCCUACUGACGGCUACAGAGAGACCAUGGUCCAGCUGAUCGAUGACUUCAAGAUCUCCGGAGUCAACGGCGUUCAUGUGUGUAUGGUGAUGGAGGUUCUCGGUCACCAGUUGUUGAAGUGGAUCAUUAAGUCCAACUACAUGGGGCUACCUCUGGUCUGUGUUAAAUCCAUCAUCAGACAGGUCCUGCAGGGUCUCCACUACCUCCACACCAAGUGUAAGAUCAUCCACACGGACAUCAAGCCGGAGAACAUCCUGCUGGACGUGGACGAGCUGUACAUCCGGAGGCUGGCGGCCGAGGCCACCGUGUGGCAGAGGGCCGGGGCCCCACCCCCCUCCGGAUCCUCAGUCAGUACGGCCCCAAGGGAUGCUCAGGGUAAGAUUUCCAAAAACAAAAAGAAGAAGAUCAAGAGAAAAGCCAGACGACAACAGAGACUCUUGGACGAGAGAGUAGUCGACCUCCAGAGAAUGGAAGAUAAAAGCAGCGAUCCGUCUCACACUGAUGACAUCAGCGGCUGCCAGGAGGCGGGUCCACUGCCUUCCUUGGUUGUCAAUGGCAACACUUCCUGGUCCACCACCGAGAAGAACGCCAGUCCGGGAUCUGGAUCCUCCUGGUUGGACGAAAGCUGUAAUGGGCGGUUCUCCAGUCCAGCCUCUGGCCUAUCAGGGAUGUCCGACUCUGUGAUUUCAGCAACGUCUGAGUCAGCACUUUCCUCCUUAUCAGGAUACUCAAGUGGACGAGACGUGUUCAGUGCAGCAGACUUCCUGGUCAGUCCGUUGGAUCCCAGGAACGCAGACAAACUUCGUGUCAAAAUUGCUGAUCUGGGCAAUGCAUGCUGGGAGUACAAACAUUUCACGGAGGACAUCCAGACCCGGCAGUACCGCGCUCUGGAGGUUCUGAUCGGAGCGGAGUACGGAACCGCAGCCGACAUCUGGAGCACCGCCUGUAUGGCGUUUGAGCUGGCCACUGGAGACUACCUGUUUGAACCGCACUCAGGAGAAGACUACACCAGAGACGAAGACCACAUCGCCCACAUCAUGGAGCUGCUGGGGCCGAUCCCCGUCCCCUUCGCCCUGUCCGGACGAUACUCCAGAGAAUACUUUGAUAGAAGAGGUGAGCUGCGCCACAUCGCCAGCCUGAAGCCCUGGGCGUUGUUCGAGGUCCUGCUGGAGAAGUACGAGUGGCCCCUGGAGCGGGCCGCCCAGUUCAGUGACUUCCUGCUCGUCAUGCUACAGCCAGACCCCCAGACCCGGGCCAGCGCCGCCCAGUGCCUGGAGCACCCCUGGCUCAACACAUAGACCCUGACCAACCCUCCCCUGGCUCAACACAUAGACCCUGACCAACCCUCCCCUGGCUCAACACAUAGACCUCAACACCUAACCCCUGGCUCAACACAUAGACCCUGACCAACCCUCCCCUGGCUCAGCCCAUAGACCCUCAACACCUCACCCCUGGAUUAAUACAUAGACCCUGAACACCUAACCCCUGGAUUAAUACAUAGACCCUGAACACCUACCCCUGGAUUAAUACAUAGACCUCAACAGCUAUCCCCUGGCUCAGCCCAGAGACCCUGACCAACCCUCCCCUGGCUCAGCAGAUAGACCCUGAACACCUAACCCCUGGAUUAAUACAUAGACCCUGAACACAUAACUUCUGACUUGUUACAUAGAUCCCUGAACACUUAACCCCUGGAUUAAUACCUAGACCCUGAACACAUAACUUCUGACUUGUUACAUAGACACUGGACACAUAACUCCUGGCUCAGUACAUAGACCCUGAACACCUAACCCCUGGAUUAAUGCAUAGGACCCCCCCCCCCCCCCUCGCAAUACUUUUAACACCUGACCCCAACACCUAAUCCCUGAGCUCUGUCACUGGAGACGUGGAUGAAGACUGAGUGGUAAACGGGUGUAUAGAGCAGGUCUGAGCUGGUCUGUAUAGAGCAGGUCUAAGCUGGUCUAGUGUAGGAGGGGUACAGAGCAGGUCUGAGCAGGUGUGUAUAGAGUAGGUCUGAGCUGGUCUAGGGUAGGAGGGGUAUAGAGCAGGUCUGAGCUGAACUAGGGAAGGAGGGGUCUGUAUAGAGCAGGUCUGAGCUGGUGUUAAGGGAGAGGUGUAGGUCUACUGAAGUGGUGAAGAGAAAAGUCACCCAGCUCAACAAGCCUUUGACUCCCUCCUCCCUGCGUCGCUAAAGUCGAAGGUCUCCACAAGCUAUUCCACCGGAGGAGAUUCAGGAUGUAUACUUUGUGGGAACAGACGGCUGACCAACAGAGCUCGGCUUCAGAAAACACACGACAGUUUUGUAUUGAUAGUGUUCAUUAUAUUUAUAUUUAUAUUCAACAUGGAGGCCGAUAGGUUAGAGCAAUACCUGGCUGUAAACUAUUGCCUGUGUUUUGUAUUGAUAGUGUUCAUUACAUUUAUAUUUGACAUGGACUGCCGCUGUUGGAAUGAUUCUUGGCUGUAAACUCUCAUUAGCCAUCAGUGAAGUAGCACCAGUAGGUCCCUCCUACUGGCACGUUGGGAUUAUGAGUGUUAGCUGGGUUAGCUCGUCCUCAUGGUCACAUGUAUAAGAUGCUGUAUCCUAGGGUCACUCCUCCACAUGUUAGGGUCUCUAUUGUGUUCUGGAUUCUGUAAACAGUGCCUUGUGUCCCGUGGAGUCAGGAUGGAAGCUGCAUCUUUUCUAAACACGUGUACCAUAACGAUGAAUCACUUGUGAUGAACUUGUGACAUGUUUCAUUUGUGCAAAUAAAGUAUUUAAGAACGACGGUUACACCUUUUCUUACUGAAGGAUUUAACACUGCAGUGCUCAUGAAGGCAAUACCGUCCUUGUAUAUCUAUAUAUCUAUAACAGCGCAUUCUUAAAAGUCUUAAAUUCAUGUUUCUAAAUUUAAGGCCUUGAAAAGUCUUAAAUUCGUUACAAAUGUCAUAUGCUGGUCUUAAAUACUGUAACUCAAGGUCUUAAAUUUGUCGGGGCAUUAUUUUUCUCGUGGGACUUUUCAGGAAGGACAUGUAGAGAGGCUUCUUUCUUGCUAGCUGCAUAUAUAAACGAUUAUCUGCGUGCUUGCUAGCUAGUCUGCGACAAUGGGUAGGUGAAUGAGUCUCAUUGAGUGACACACAUGCUAUGCUUGGGUUAUAAUACAGCGGGAUCCCCCCCACCAUCGCGUGUUUUAGGUCUUGAAUUUCAUUCAAGGUGGUAUUAAAAAGUCUUAAAUUUGACUUGCUGAAACCUGCAG